CGGAGAAGCAUGUGAUGACUCACGCCAGGCAGAAGGGUUCCCUCGGGCAGAGCGACGGCAGCGCCGAGUGGUGGGACAACUCCCCCCUUUGGCCACAUGGUGGCAAUAUGGGCGACGCCUGGCCUGAGCGCUCGCUGCGGUUCGGGAGGACCAAGAAGAUAAGUGAGAUCAUCAAAAAGAGGAAAGACAUGGCCAAGAAGGUGAACGACAAAAGAGGGCGGACGGAAAAAUCAGAUCAGCACAGAAAACUCGACCGGAGGCGCGAAAAGAAGCGUGACAGGAAGUUGUAUCCUCUGCGCGGGAGGGCCGGGAUUUCAGAUGGGGAGGGGCUCAGCUGUCACGUCCUGCUUACGCGAUUGGAGGAAAGCAUCCGUGCACAGAGUUCUGAAGAAAGAGUGCAAAAGGACGAACGCCGACAUUUAUCUCUCAAACCCAGAAAAGGGAAAAGCAGUGAAAGAAAAGAGGCAUUACCAAAAACCAAAUCAAAGUCAAGCAGCCCAAGUCACGUCCCACAACCUCGUAAGCGCAGACUGGCCUCGCUCAACGCGGAGGCGGUGAACAGUCUGCUGUUUGAAAGAGCUUCUGACCCUCCGGCGGCAGCUAAACAGGCCCGCAGACAGGAAGAGCCCACAAACGGAGGGGUACCUCUGGACGCUAAUCCGACCAGGAGCGGCGUCCCUGGAGGUCUGAAGGCUUCCCGAGGAAACAUCAGUAAAUCCUCCGCGUCUCACAAACUUGAACUGUGCCAAAGCUCAAAGCAGGUCAAGAAGGCCCGAGCCAGCCGGGCAGAGAGCGGCGGGAUGAGUCAUGAGAGUCUGGACGCCCCCGCUCCCAGACGACUGGCGGGACUCAACGCUGCCGCCCUGCUGAAGUUAACCAGCUCCUCUGCUACCAGUAAACAGAGAGUGAAACCCACGGCGACCGUCACGUCGGACUGCAAGGCUCCUGUCGCAACCCCAAAACACUCCAGAGUCAAAGACAAAGGGCAUUCACAGAAGCAGAAGAAAAAGGUCGCUCCGCUGCACAGCGGCUGCAACGCCUGCAGGAAGAAGGCGGACUUCGAGGCCAAAGUGGAGUGGGAGACCGGCAGCUGCACCCAUCGACUCACCAAACCGGGAUACCAGUCGCGCAGCAUGCUGGCGUAUCCGCUAAAGCAAGUGAAGGAGGAGCAGCUGGAGACCGAACUGAGCCCGUAUUACUGCUGCCCCCCGGAGGGCUCGGUGGAGUACUGCCACCGUCUCGCCUUCUUCCUCGGCCAGCAACCGUACGGAGAAUCCGACGAUCAGCAGCUCGGCUCAGCCAUGCCUCCUGUGAAGCGCGAGUGCCUCGUAACCUCACCGUCUCUGACGCAUUCCCACCCGCACACGGCUCUGACCCUCAGCCCCCACCCCUGCCUCUGCACCGCCGACCACUGCUUCUCCAGCUACUACGUCCACAUCGCCCACCCGACACACACUGGAACAACGUCAGCGGGCCUGGCCUCGCGACCUCUGAACUUUGCCCCGCCCAGUUUAUGCCCCAGUCGGAUGACUGGUUCCAAGCUGCUGGACCCGAGGGUGUCCCACGGCUCGGGGUUGGCCCACGCCGCCUACUGUAACUCGGUGGCGUCGCCCUGUUACGGCGACGCCUGCGGGAUCAGCGGUUACACCUACAGAGCGAUGCCUCCAGUCACCAGCAGGGGGUGUUCGUUCAGCACUGGAUGCACUGGAUGCACACACAGCAUCAAAACAG